AUUUGCCCAGCCAUCGAUUAUAGUAACUUCCAUAAUCUCAUUCUGAAAAAAUUCUAAGCCUGUCACUGAACCUGUUUCUUUCCCCAAUUGACAUCGUUGCAUGAACUUUUAGGAUUUGACUAUAUAGUUGUUAUAAUGCUAACCAUCUUUUUCUCCUUUUCUACCGUUGCUGUCGGCUUGGUUUCCGAUGAAACGGUGGUGGCUUAAGGAAUCUUUGGUGCUUAAAUUAGUUUCCAUGCAAACUAAGUCAAUCUUCCCAGCUUUUCUCCCUCCCCUAGCGAGGCUCCUACCGUUAGCGAGAGCAUGUUCAGGUGGGCCAAGAUGCUGCUUAACGAUACCUUCAGUGAGGCACGUGACGGUGAGAUCAUGGCGAUCCUCGACGCCAGCAGUUCUGAAAAGUCAACAUCGAUCGACGCACUGGCGAACCGAAUCACCAAGGGAAAUCUAAAAGGCACGGUGGCAGUUAGAGUCGCGUCUUCUGAAGCGAAAUUCAGACUUUCAUGCAUGCUCUCCAAGUUAAAGAAAAAUUCCCGUGUCCAAGCUCUCAUCGAGCAGCCAGGUCUUCGAAAUGUUGUGAAAACAGUCAUUGAUGACAAAGGUCAUCGCGGAGAAUCAGGCAGAGAGUGUCAGAGAGUUUCCAUUGGCAUCAACAUUAUCCACGACCCGAUCCUGAUGUUCCUGGAUGAGCCAACCUCGAGACUUGACUCCACCAAUGCGUUCUUGGUGGUGAAGAUUUUGCAGAGAAUCGCACAGAGCGGAAGCAUCAUGAUCAUGUCCAUUCACCGUCACAGUUACUGGUUUUGCCCCCAAUCUGCAAAUUAGGUUUUUUUAUUCAAAGGUCUGUUUUUUAUUUUUAUUUUGUUUGUUUCUCUGAAAUUGAAUUUGCGAGGUUUCUUUCAAUCAAACUCGUGAUCCAAUUCUACAAUUUGUCCCUUCAGUUUUGGUUAAUUUUCAUUGGGUUUCUUUU